AUGAUGCUGAAGGUGAAAGGCCACCAUGGCAUGAUCGACCUCCUGGAUUGGUUUGAGACCUCCGACAGCUACCUGCUGGUGCUGGAGAUGCCGGAGAACUGCCAGGACCUGUUUGAGUUAAUCUCCGUGCAAGGUCCCCUGAAAGAAGACUGGGCACGCAUACUCUUCCGCCAGGUGGUGGAUGCCAUGGUGCACUGUCACGCCCAAGGGGUCACCCACAGAGACCUCAAAGAUGAAAACAUCCUGCUCGACACCCAGACGGAGAAUCUGAUUGACUUCAGCUCGGGGGCUUUGCUCCAUGAUUCCACCUACAGUAGUCUUGACGGCACUAGGGUAUACAGCCACCCAGAAUGGGUUGCAUUUCGUAGGUACAAGGCGGUGCUGGCCGCGGUGUGGUCUCUGGGCAUCCUCCUGUAUAACAUGGUUUGCUGGGACAUCCCAUUCGAGCGAAACCAAGACAUCGUCCAGGCUCAAGUCGUCUUCAGAACCAAAGUUUCUCCAGAAUGUGAAAAUUUAAUACACUGGUGCUAAUCCAUUUGCCCCUUGAAGCAUCCCUCUCUGGAGCAGAUCCUUCAGCAUCCCUGGAUGAAAAGUGCGUACGUAAUGCCGCAAACGUAAUCUGAGACUCAAUAGGCGACCUGCUAUACAUGAGUCUGGUCACUAGAGGGCUCUGUAUACCAGCCAAUUGCUAAAUGGCCACCGCCAGGCUUCUGGAU